CGAGACUCUGUUUUCGCCAUGGCAACUCUGUUGCGAUCUGCAACCACGAUAGGUCUAGCGAGCGACACCCGAUCCACGUCAGGAGCAACACAUCCAGGAGAGAUCUGGGCGCAACAAGCUAGCACGACUAUUAUUAAUCAGAUCAACCGGCCAUCCUUGGAUACUAUUCAUACCCUGCUUAACCUGAUUGCUUACUGGUCUGCAGUGGGUAGAACACAAAAAUGCAGGGAACAUAAAUGGCGUUGACCUCCAUUCAGCAACUGCGGUUGCAAGGACUAGCCUCGCCUAUCAAUAGGCCCGGUGAACUCGAGCGGUCUUCCUUCUUUGUAGGCAUGAUCAGCCAAUGCCUCACGGAUGACAGUGAAUGGGCAGCUCCCAGCACUCCACUCUCCUUAGACGGCCCAUCGCCGUCCUCCGAAAUCGACCGACAUAGUCCUCUCAGGGGACAGAUAUUGAAAUUCAUUGAACACUGGAUUAAAAUACGUCAGUUUGUCCGCGCUUUGCAUGCGGAUACGGAUCCAGGCAUGCAGUGGGCGACACUCUUCAACUUAGAUGCCAAAACCAGAAUGCUCUACGAGACCCUCUCACCAGCCUUGCGUGAUUUCAAUGGUCGGCCAUGUCGAGAAGCAGACUUUCGUGAGUGCCUGGGACUACAGACUCUGUACCAUAUGUGCCGGUUCGUUCCCCAUUUGGCCAUGAUUCAAUUGCUCCAGAGGCAGAUAUCACCCGCAGAGGAGUAUGUCCAAUUAUGUGCGCAGGUUACAGUGCGACAUAUAAACCGUAUCUCGGAUAUCAUCUUAAACUCCGUUACAUCAGACCAGACCAAACUACCAAGUCUACCACCAUUCAUUGCAUACUGUUCAUUUACCUCCAUUUCAGUGUAUAUGAGCUAUCUCUAUCACUGCGGCAAAGAUUGGAAUGACACCAAUGACCCCACAGUUUAUCUUUCCAGGGUGCGAGUCUUGUCUAAUUUGUACCUACUCAAUCAACACCGACGCGUUUGGAAUCCUGUAAGGGUGAUGUGGGACGCAAUACAAAUGGAUAUGGCUGUACUGGGCAUCUCAAACGCUGAUGUUGAGGCCUAUGGCAGAUCUCCUAUGAACAUGUCUGCCUUGUCCGACAGAGAGAACCAGAGAUUCCACAUCUUGUCCCUGGCCCAUGCUGCCGAGCCUUACCUGGAGAAUGACAUGAUUCUCAACUUAGCACAUAUUGUGGAUUAUGUUAAGCUCGCUGACCCUGUUUAUAUGCUAAUGGGUACCUUCCGUUUAUUUCCAGUCGGGGGCCAACGUAGUGUGGUGCCGUCUUCCAACAGUCAUGGCCUAGGCACCGGGUCGACACGAGAAUUCGUCAGUGAUGCUCAGCAUACCGUACAGGUGUCUCCCAGGAACCCAUCAUGUCCACCCUCCUCGCAUCCUCAUGGAUCUCUACCUUUUCAAUCCGAACAACAGACUGCGGGUCCCGCCGCGCCCAGGUGUGUGUUACAGUCUGAUAUAAACAGGCCAAACAUGCCUGCUCUAGAUCAGGUGUAUCCGAGAACACCAUUGGGCGGCACGGAGAAUCCGGCCAUAUCUUUGAGAAUGUUGCAGAUGAUGUGGCUUGCUGAGGAAGAUCUUCCGUGCAUGUGAACCUGACCUCUUCACAUUCCAGAAUGUUCUAUUCGGUACACUUGUGGGUAUAACGCACGGCAGAGCGUACUCCAGAAAGCUGGUGGUGGCGCUCAUCAGCAUCCUCCUCCUAUCCUUCAAGGCCACU